ACGAGAGCAGUUGAAAAUGCAACAGCAUGUACAGGCACCAGAGUAUCUGAUGACGUCCGUCUUAGGCGAUUAGAAAUCGUCUGCCACCUUAGAAGACCGGCCUCACUACAACAAUCAACCCAUAAAACACCAUAUCAGCGCUGGCUUGCGGAAGGUUGAUUCAAUCCAUACCAACUGUGAUCAUUACGAAUAAGGCCAUUACCAUCUGCAAUGGAUAGCUUUGAAGAGUUUCUGGACCAUGCGACUGGCAAGGCAUCCAACAUCAUUCCCGGCGCAGUAGUGGCGGUGGUGGAUCAACACGGAAAUUAUGUCUAUAAGAAAGUGUCCGGCACAAACGGCAUUCUCGAGGAUGCUCAGCCUCUCGAAUUUGACCAAACGUUCUACGUUGCGUCUUGCACGAAGCUCAUAGCGUCCAUUGCAGCACUACAACUAGUGGAGAAGGAACUCAUCACUCUGGAUGAGCCAUUGGACCAACUACUAUCCGAGCUCUCAUCUCAGCCUAUUGUUUCGCAGACCGGCGACGGCAACCUUAAGUACGACCAAGCCACCAAGUCCAUCACCUUGCGAGAUCUCGUUACACAUUCCAGUGGCGCAACCUACGACUGGAUUGAUCCUACCAUGCACGGGUGGCGCGCUUCUCGAGGAGAGGUGCCGUCAUUAGUCCUAGAUGGCGAUGUCCUCAAAGGACACACCUAUCCUCGAAGAUACGAGUCGGGCAGCAGCUGGAACUACAGCGGUGGUCUCGACUGGACUAGCCUGCUAACAGAGCGACUUACUGGUCUGGAUUUCGAAGAGUAUGUCGAGGAGAAGAUAGCGAAACCUCUUGGUAUCACGACAUUCACGUGGCACCUGUUGCGCAAACCAAAUGUUGCUGAAAAGCUUGCGCGCAUGUCCACGCGUCAAGAGAACGGGAUUCUGGCGGACGGCCCGAAUCCGUUUGCACCUGAGCCCGUAAAGGAGGCUGGUGGCAUUGGGUUAUACGCUAAUGUACAUGAUUAUACGAGAGUAUUGGCGGAUCUGUUGAAAGACGCACCAAAGCUUUUGACCAAAUCGUCGGUCGAUCAGAUGUUUGCACCACAACUAGCGCCUGGUAGUUCAGCUAUCCGCACUCUAAGAGCGAAUGGAAGCAUGUACCAGUGCGCUCUUGAUGACAGCGUGGAGGGGGUCGUAGCUAAUUAUGGGCUUGGUGGGUUACUGAUGGAAGAAGACGUGAAAAGGGACAACUAUUUCAGACCUGCAGGGACAUUGUCGUGGUCUGGACUGCCGAACUUGUCAUGGGGUAUCAACCGGGAACGUGGGCUGGCGACCUUCUUUGCUACGCAAGUAUUACCUUGGGCGGACCGCAAGACCUGGGAUGUGGUCGCCAGAUUUGAGACCGCGGUCUGGACUAACCUUUCGGCGUAAAUCAAUGAUGGGAUGGAAGAAUCAUGGACAUGCAAAUGAACAAUGUAUUCUGCUCACCUAUACGUGUACCGC